AUGGAGACCUUUCGCAACUCUUUGAAGAAGUUAGAAGAAGAGCGGGUUACUACUAGUACGACUAAUCGUAAGCCUGAGCAACCAUGGACUCGAGAUGGUGUUGGUGGUACUGGUACUGGUACGAACGACGAAGUGUCUGAUGGUUCUUCGUUUGCCGACGCGGAGGAGAUGGACUUGACGGAGCGAAGCGGGAUUGCCUCCAAUGCUGGUGCCAAUGCCAAUGCUGGUAGUGAUCGGUUGGCCCUGGAACGCAAGUUGUUGGUUCGCGAGAAGGAGAAUCAACGCGUGCAGUGGAUCCGUCGUCUGAUUCUGUUGGUGUUGAUUGCAGCCACUGUGGGCGUUUGUGCGUUGGUCUAUUUCUAUUCCCGCGGAGACGAGAUUCAAGAUUUCGAGCGCCACUACGCGGACUACGCGAACAAGCUGUUGGAGUCCGUGCACUCAUCUUUGAAGCUGCGAUUGGGCGCCUUGGACAUGUACUCCAUCGACGUCACAGCCUACGCCCAAGCCGUAAAUGCCACCUUUCCCAUGGUCACCAUUCCCAGCUUUUCCGUAAAAACGGCCGCGGCUCGAGUGCAGUCGUCCUCGGUCAUCAUUGGAUACUUCCCCGUCAUUUGGGACGAUCGAGAGCGAGACCAAUGGCAAGACUACUGCUCACAAAUCACAAACGAAACAGACUUUUUAAGAAAGGAAGCUUACCAUGACUACGAACUUCGGGCAAACCAAGAUUUCGACCUCAUGGAUCUAGAUGAACCGCUUGUCCCAUGGAAAGAAGAAGACACUGAACCCUUCAGACCGUUCGUUUUUGAAACUGUCACGGACGAUAAUGGGACCAAGGCCAACGUGGAACGACCCUACAAUAACUCACCCUACGUCGUCCGAUGGCAAAUGUCACCCGAACGAAAACGAGCCACCGACCUAAGAAACAAAGAUUACAUGACUGCACCCUCCUACAAAAACGUCAUGAAACGGGUACUAGACACUUCCAAGGCUACUUUCAACAAGGCAAAGCUACACACAAAUGCGUCCGCAUUCAAUCAAUGGAUCCUACAUGGACAAUACCGUCACGACGAAAAGGAAUACGGAGGAGGAGCACUCACACAACUCCUAUAUCCAGUGUUUGAUGGAUUUGACACGGACACGCGCAAAAUGGUCGGAAUCCUGGUGUCACACAUAUACUUUCGAGUAUUCUUUGCAAACAUCCUACCCCAAAACAGUCAUGGAAUUCAGAUCGUUGUGCAAAACACAUUCAAUCAGACAUACACCUACCAAAUCGAUGGACCCAUAGUCACAUUUAUGGGAGAAGGAGACUUUCACGAUCCUCACUUUGACCAUCUCAUGAUCUCCACUGAUCUAGUCGAGAUACUCCAACAGCAGAAGCAGUCCACAUCCACAUCUUCCUACACGGUCGUCGGAUUGGAUGGUGAAUACUGUAGUUAUCAACUACGCAUCUAUCCCUCGCAGGCUACCAAGGACGAUUACACCACAAGUCAGCCAUUUGUUGGAGCCAUUGUCAUUGCAGUCGUCUUUGUUGUCACGGCCGCUUCCUUCUUCCUAUACGAUAUCCUAGUGGAACGAAGACAGAAAACUGUCAUGGACAAGGCUGUGGCAUCUGGAGCGAUCGUAUCGUCCUUGUUCCCGGAACAGUUCAAGGAUCAACUAUACAGCGACCAAAAGAAAAACAACAAACAGGAUGCAACCGCAGCCAGCUCUGGUGGUGGUGGCCUCGCAGCCUUUCACACCAAGAAUGUGCCACAGCUUUCGGCGGAUGGAGACAUUGAAGCGCCUUUAGCUGCCGCCCAAGAACCCAGCCAUAUGGCCGAAUCGUAUCCCGAUUGCAGUGUUUUCUUUGCCGAUAUCGUGGGCUUCACGGCCUGGAGUGCCCAACGAACACCCGGUGAAGUUUUCACGCUAUUGGAGACGAUCUAUGCUGCGUGGGAUAAGGUGGCAAGGAAACACGGCAUCUUCAAAAUCGAGACCAUUGGCGAUUGCUACUUGGCAGUUUGUGGCCUUCCGAAACCUAACCCAAAUCAUGCCAUCCAGGUUACGAAGUUUGCAAGGGAUUGCCUGUUGCAAAUGGCCAGGAUCACAGCCAAAUUGGAUGCUCAAUUGGACACCAGCGCAUUGGCGAUUCGAGUUGGGCUUCACAGUGGUCCCGUAACUGCGGGAGUGCUUCGCGGAGAAAAGGCCCGCUUCCAAGUGUUUGGAGAUUCAGUGAAUACUGCCAGUAGAAUGGAGAGUAAUGGCGAACCAAACCGGAUCCAUUGCUCUGAAGAAACAGCCAAACUCUUAGCGGCGGCAGGUAAAGAGCAAUGGAUCAUCCCAAGAGAAGACAAGAUAUUUGCCAAGGGUAAGGGAGAGUUACAGACGUUCUGGGUCCACCCUUCCAGCACACCGUCUUUGGCAAGCGCAAUCAGCGGCGUGACGGAUGCCAGUAGUCUCCGCAAAAGUGCUCGAUUGAACAUUACAACGCCAAUCUCCCCAUCACCUGCCGUUCCACCCCCGCAGGAGUCUGCUGACACCCUGAAGUCGAGGGCGGUGACCUCCAACGAAUUUGAAGAUGAGGACCUUUCAGUGUAG